GCAGCUAUUUUUGCUAUGAUAAUCCAGCAGCCCUCCAGAUCCAGAUUCAAAAUGACAUGCACUUGAGCACUGCAAAAUUCAUGCUUCUGUAUUCUUGGUACUCUUGGCCCAAUGUGAUUCUGUGUUUCUUUGGUGGCUUUUUAAUAGAUCGAGUAUUUGGAAUCCGGUGGGGCUCCAUUAUAUUUAGCUUCAUUAUUUGUAUUGGACAGGUUGUUUUUGCCUUGGGUGCACUGCUUAAUGCUUUUUGGCUGAUGCAGUUGGGCAGAUUUAUAUUUGGGAUUGGUGGGGAGUCCCUAGCAGUUGCACAAAAUACCUAUGCUGUGAGUUGGUUUAAGGGCAAGGAAUUAAACCUGGUAUUUGGACUCCAGCUUAGCAUGGCUAGAAUUGGGAGCACCGUGAACCUGAAUGUCAUGGGAUGGCUCUAUCACCGGAUAGCCACUUUGAUCGGGUCCCCGGGCCACACGACGCUGGGCGUCACCCUGAUGAUUGGGGGAGUAACAUGUGUCUUUUCACUAUUAUGUGGUUUGAUUCUGGCAUUCAUGGACUGGAGAGCAGAGAAAAUCCUUCAUAAAGAACAAGGAAAAACUGGUGAAGUUAUCAAAAUAAGAGACAUGAAGGACUUCUCAUUAUCCCUGUGGAUUAUAUUUUUAAUUUGUGUAUGGUAUUACGUGGCCAUAUUUCCUUUUAUUGGACUUGGCAAGCUCUUCUUUAUAGAGAAAUAUAAAUUAUCCCCACAGACGGCGAGUGCAAUUAACAGCAUCGUGUACGUCAUCUCGGCUCCUCUGUCUCCCGCCUUCGGAUUUUUGGUGGACAAGACGGGCAGGAACGUCUUGUGGGUUCUGUUUGCCGUUGUGGCCACGCUGGCCUCCCACUCCAUGCUGGCGUUCACCUUCUGGAACCCGUGGAUUGCCAUGUGUCUGCUCGGCAUCUCCUACUCGCUCCUGGCCUGUGCGCUGUGGCCGAUGGUGGCCUAUAUCAUUCCCGAACAUCAGCUGGGCACGGCGUACGGCUUCAUGCAGUCCAUCCAGAAUCUUGGCCUGGCCAUUAUAUCCAUUGUUGCUGGUGAAAUAUUGGAUCACUGGGGGUAUUUGUAUCUGGAAAUAUUCUUCAUUGCCUGCGUUUCUGUAUCACUUCUGUCUGUGGUUUUGCUGUAUUUGGUGGACUGCACUCGAGGAGGAACCCUUAACUGCUCUGUCAAACAGAGGGAGGACCUGUCCAAGUCCACUCACGCCGAGUAAGUGCUGGAAGAAGGGAUGACGUCCUGGCCGUGGCCUUCAGUGGAUGAAUUUGAAGAGCAGCCACCAAAGAGUGAGGCAGCUGUCCAUGGUGCCCAGGAGAGCUGGAUACUUGGGAAGGAAUGGUCUGGAA